CGGCCAUUGCCGUGCGAAAAUCUUCAAGCUUUUCUUUCCACCAAGUUCUUCCUUCCCUCCACACAUUUUUGCAUACUCAACCGUGACAAUGUUUGCAGCUGUUCGUGGUUUACGCACUGCGUCUCUUAGGGCUGGGCAAUAUGCUAACGUCCCCCGCUCAUGCAUUGCACGUAACAUGAACACCAAGGUCAGCGGACCUGUGGUCGGUAUUGACCUCGGCACGACCAACUCUUGCGUAGCUGUCAUGGAGGGCAAAGUGGCACGUGUGAUUGAGAACUCGGAAGGCGCCCGUACAACACCUUCUGUUGUUGCAUUUACUAAGCAUGGUGAACGUCUUGUUGGAUUACCUGCUAAGCGCCAGAGCGUUGUAAACCCAGUCGGAACGGUGUUUGGAUUCAAGCGAUUAAUUGGGAGACAGUUUAAUGACAGGGAGGUACAGAAGGACAUCGCUCAUUGGCCAUUCAAGGUCAUGGCCCGUGCGGAUGGUCGGCCAGAAGUCGUCAUCGAGUCAGAUUCUUCGAAACGCUUUUCUGCCGAGGAGCUGUCAGCCAUGGUUCUCGGAAAGAUGAAGCAGACUGCCGAGCAAUACGUCAGCAAGAAUGUUAAGCAUGCUGUUGUUACGGUUCCUGCAUACUUCAAUGAUGCCCAGAGGCAAGCGACCAAAGACGCUGGGUCGAUUUCUGGCCUCGAUGUUCUCCGUGUUAUUAACGAACCUACCGCCGCUGCACUUGCCUACGGCUUGGAUAAGAAUGAUUCGGGUGUCAUUGCAGUGUACGACCUGGGUGGCGGUACCUUCGAUAUUUCUAUCUUAGAGAUGCAGAAGGGCGUAUUCGAGGUCAAGUCCACCAAUGGUGAUACUCACCUUGGUGGUGAAGACUUCGAUGUUGUUCUUGUCGAACACGUCCUCAAGGAGUUCAAGAAGACCGAGGGCAUUGAUCUGUCGAACGACCGCAUGGCCAUCCAGCGUAUACGCGAGGCAGCUGAGAAGGCAAAGAUUGAGUUAAGCUCAACAACACAAACCGAGAUUAAUCUACCCUUCAUCACUGCCGACGCAACUGGACCUAAACACAUCAACCUAAAGAUGCUCCGCAGCCAAUUCGAAUCGCUAGUGGGUCCAUUACUGGAGCGGACUGUUGGUCCAUGCCAGAAGGCAUUGAAGGAUGCCAAUGUUAAGGCCGGCGAUGUCCAUGAGGUCAUCCUUGUUGGUGGCAUGACACGCAUGCCAAAGGUCAUCGAGACCGUCAAGUCCCUGUUUGGACGAGAGCCCUCCAAGGGCGUGAAUCCGGAUGAAGCCGUCGCUAUCGGCGCUGCUAUUCAAGGCGGCGUCCUCGCUGGAAAUGUCACAGAUAUUCUGCUUCUAGAUGUCACUCCCCUUUCUCUCGGUAUUGAGACUCUUGGUGGCAUAAUGACCAAGCUCAUCGCUAGGAAUACGACCAUUCCUACCAAGAAGAGCCAAGUCUUCUCGACUGCUGCUGAUGGGCAGACUGCGAUUGAAGUUAAGAUCUACCAGGGUGAGCGUGAGCUCGUGAGAGAUAACAAGCUCCUCGGGAACUUCAACCUCGUCGGCAUCCCACCGGCACCAAAGGGCGUUCCUCAAAUUGAGAUUACUUUUGACAUUGACGCCGACGGUAUCGUGCACGUCACCGCCAAGGACAAGGCCACUAACAAGGAUCAGUCCAUGACCAUUGCCUCCUCUUCUGGAUUGAGCGAAAAGGAUAUUGAGCGCAUGAUCGAGGAGUCUGAGAAGUUCGCGGAGUCUGACAAGGAGCGUCGCAACGUCAUCGAAGAGGCCAACAAGGCUGACUCAGUAUGUGCUGAUACCGAGAAAGCAAUGAACGAGUUCAAGGAUCAGCUCGAUUCUGCCGAGCAGGAGAAAGUGACCAAGCUCGUCGCCGAACUUCGUGAGUUAGCUGCCAAGGGCCAGGCUGCCGACCCCUCUGUUACCGCUGCCCAGAUCAAAGAGGCCAUCAGCAACACUCAGCAAGCAUCCCUCGGUCUCUUCCAAAAGGUUUACGAGAAACGCAAUGCUGAGAACAAUGCCAACCAAUCCUCCGAGUCCACAGAGACUAAGGAAGGCGAGGAGGAAAAGAAGAAUUAAUUCCCUUCAUUAUUUUCCCAGCCAUGUUCGCUACUUUUCGCAGCGCUCGACAUUCACCUGCAGCCACAUUCGGAUAGCCUUAAAAGUAAUCCUAUCUUACCGUAUUCACCCUCAACUUGCGCAUUAUUUAGUCACUUAACCUUUACAGCAUUCAUCAAUCUUUUCUGUUUUUACUUGCUAUGCCUAUGUUGUCAUUUAGAAACUCCUACUUUGCUGUCAUCCCCACUCAAUUGUUUCGAUUCCGCACCCAGGCGGAAGUUGAAAUGCAUAUCAUUGCACCUGAAAA